UGGAUUAGUAUCUGUCUGUCUGUGAUUCAGCUUUGUUCGUUUCUUAAAUAAUGAGGAAAAUACUCUAUUGUAUUUGCGUUUUUUUGCUUCACACGGCCAAUGGCACUGUAAAUGAGGAAGAAUUCGAGCGCUACAAGGCUGAAAUUAAUGAAAGAUUGGAUUAUAUAGCUGCGCAGCUAAACAUGCUGAGUGAGAUGGCAUCCUCAGGGGUGCCUGGAGUUCAAGGUCCUAUGGGUCCUCGGGGUAAUCCUGGAUUUAACGGACUUACUGGCCAAAAAGGGGUGCCUGGGCAAAAAGGUGACCGCGGAGAGCCUGGAUUGAACUUACUAAGUGGAAAUACGGACGUCUCAGGAGAGUCUGGCGAAUGUCGACCAGGUGCCCCCGGGCCUAAAGGAGACCCCGGCAAUCCCGGCCGUCCAGGGCCAAAAGGUGACCGCGGAGCGCAUGGAUUGGACGGCCCACCUGGAAGUAUGGGCGACACAGGGGAGCCAGGCAUCAUAGCUCCUAAAGGUGACCGCGGAUACAGAGGAUUGAACGGCAAAAAAGGUGCAUUGGGAAAUUCGGGCCGAAAAGGAGAGCCCGGCCAUCUGGGAUUUCCAGGGCAGAAAGGUGAUCGCGAAAUCAUGGGAUUAAACGGAGAAAAAAGGGGAGCCUGCCACUCCUGGUGGACUUAUACGAUUCCUCACCGAUUAAAUGUUCUUACUUUAGACUGAAUUUCCAUUUAUCACUUUUUUGGUGAUGAAUUAUUAUCACUAGCGCUUGUUCAGCUAAAGCAGCGUCCACAGAGAUUAUGUUUAAUUACGGUAUGGAAAUCAAACGAAAUAUGUAACAUUUUUAAGAAGUCAGGUAAAUAAAUAUUAAGAAAAUCAAAAAAUGUUUUGUAAAUUACAAUUCCCUGGCUUAUAAUUAUAGGAAAAUGUUGGUAUGGAAAAUUUGAUAUCAGAAAUGAUGUACGUUGACAUUGUU